CAACACUCGUUAAAUCGACUCUGCGUUGAACGCUCAUGCGCUCGACACACACACACACGCACACACAAAAUUUAAUCCAUUUUAUUUUAUUACGCGUUGUUGUGGAUUGCAGACCGCAAACGCUAUCGUCGGUAGCCCUAAAUCCCUAUUAGAAUAUUAAAUCAAUAAACUUCCACGUACCGGUAAUUUACCGGGUUUAUUGUAUAAAUAAAUGCGCACGCUAUCAGUGUUUAUUAACCGAAAGUGCCAAAACUCGGAUAAAGGUGUUGCUGCACCUUUUUCGUAACACAUGUACACAUCUUUGCUGAUACACACACACACACACUUUUUCAGUGCGCUUACGAUGAAACCAGCGUGCGUCGGUGGCACGGACCAGAGUACUGUAAAAACGGCAGAGUCCAUAGAACGGUUUUCUCGAGAGUUUAUCAAAAAAAUCGUGAUCGGUCGCGGUGCGGGUUCCGGCAAUUACGCAGUAUCGCCUAUAGGCGUUAACCUGUUGUUAUCGUUUUACGCGCUGAACGCUGCGUCGGACAAAACGACGAUCGACGAACUCCACCGGGUUUUGGGCUGGAACGUCGUCGGCAAGUCCAUAACGUCCACACGUAACGAUUACAAUAAAUUGUUUGUCGAUCAGGUGUUGGUGUACGGCAAUCACGUGUUUGUGCCAAACACCGGUGAUAUCAACCGUUCGAUCGAACAUCCCGUAAACAGACUGAUCUCGAAGUACAAUACAAAAUUUGAAUUGUGUUGUACGUUAAACGCCGCUGCCGCGUACACCGUCGAAUACACUAUGGACGUUUUGCGACCGUUGGUCGUUAAGACUAAAAUGGACAACCACCGUCACAUAUUGAGCAACGUGUCCAACGUGCAAUAUAAACUACACAGUCCGUUUUAUAAAAAAAACACCAGGUCUAUGCCGUUUCGUACCAUCGACAACCGUACGGUUUCCGCGGACACGAUGUACCAGUUUUCAGACAUGCCUGUCUGCGUCGUUGACGGAUCUACGCACGUUCGAUUGGAUUGCAAAAACGACGGAUUGUUUUUAUUGAUAACGUUGUCGAACAACGAAACCAGUCCCGUGCAACAGUUGCGGUCCGCCGUAGAAUCGUUUCAAUUGAACAAGAUCGUCAAACGUUUGCGUAUGCGCAAAGUUCAAUUGUUUUUGCCCAAAUGCAAAAUACUGAGCACCGUAGACGUCAGGCCCGUUUUGAACGACAUGAACGUGCACGGCAUAUUCGUCAAAUCCAACGAUCCCGGCAACGGUGCCGCUGCCGCGUCCAAUGGUUUCCGCGAAACGAUUUCCGAAUUCGUUCAAAUGAUAUACAUGUCUUUCGACGACAACGAUGACGAUGAUGAUGGUGACGACGACACGCGUAGUGCGGUCGUAAUGGGAUUUACCGACGACGACUGUCAUCAUCGGUCCGCGACGUCUAAAAAGAGCGACGCGAUGAACGCUUUGGACGGUUUUGGUAAAACGAUCAGACGCAUGAUGACGAUCACCACCGGUACUGCCGGCGACGCCGUCGCGUCGCACGACGAACCGUUGCCGAUAUUGUCGGUGCACGUAAACCGACCGUUUUUCGUUCACGUGUGCACGAACGUAACGGGCGCGAACGUAACGUUGUAUUUCGGUUGUGUCCGUGAUCCGCGGAUCCGUUGACGCGC